AUCCAUGUAGAUUUUUUAAUGUCCUGGAAGUCACUGGUUGUGUUGUAAGUGCUUACAAUUUGUAAUUACCUAGGCUCCUAAGACAGACGGAACUGGAAAUCAAAAUAAGUGGCUGCCUUCUCUUACGAUGCCAAAGGAUCUCCAGCUUAGGAUAAGAUUGCCUCUUUCUUCCUAAAAAAAGGCACAAACAAUGACAGCCCAAAAUAGCUAUUUAGUCAGAACUGACGACACUUUCUGAAUGCUUGUCAUUAGAGAGAAAUAGAAAAUCCUGCUUUUCUUCUUCCUUUAAUUUCUCUCCCUUAAAUACCUUGCUUCCUCCUGAAGCUGCCUCACCUCAUUGCCCAGGAGAAAUGCCCAGUAACUCUGAUGGUGCUUCAGCACUACUGCAGGCUCCAGAGGGGAGGUGGCUUAUACAAAACAUAUUAAAGAAAAAUCCUAAAAGUCACUGCAGCUUUUUCUAGUGAGUUAUGCUGAUCUUCCCUGUUGCUGGAAGCUGAUGGGGAGCAUCAUGGCAAAGACAUAACCACUUUUUUUUUCCUCCCACUAUUUUUGCUGCAGUGAGAACUGUUCAUUUCUGCUUGCAUUUUGCCAGAUAGCUUUAGAAUUCUAGCUGAGAAUUAGGGCUUCCCAAGGCUGGAAAUAAGGGUAUAGCACCCUAAAUUGUACUUUGUCCUUUUGAUUAAGUACAAAUUGAGUUAAUUUGCAGCAUCCGGUGCCUGGCAGGAAUGACAACAGACAGAAGGCUCUGACGGAUGUUUUUAAGUUUUUUUCUUUUUUUUCCUUAUGGAUUUAUAGGGACAGAAGCUUUUAUUUUUCUCUCUUGCUCUCUCCCUUCCGGAGCCUGCUGAACAUUUUACAUUCAGCAGCAGUUGCUACUGAAUCUGAGGUUAUGUUAUCCCCUGGAAUCUUCUGUUUCCAUUUCAACCCCAUCUCAUUACUGAUUGUCAUUUACCAAUAAAACAUAGUUUUGGAAAAUUGGCCACAUCGUUUUAUUAUGGAGUCUAGCAACUUUAGAUAGCCCUAAAAGAUGUAACAGGGCAGGGAAGUAGGAGAAGGUGGUACUUCUCAGUCCUGUAACCACAGAUCACCCCAGAGGAACCCAGUUCACAUUUUAGGGGACUUUAUGUGACAAUGAUCCUUUGGUCCUAGUCCUAUUCCACAUGGAGAAGCAGAAUGAGACAUGUUUGCAGUGAUUUGUAGUAUUUGCCAAACAGGGUGCUGCACCAGAAUAGCCUGGAAUAUAGUGCAGAGCUCAUAUUAAACCUCCAAAGGGAAAAGGGUUUCCUCUUCAUUUACAGUCUGCCUGAUGCGAUCCCAUUGUAAAGUGUUUAAUAGGAUAACACUAGGGCUCUCCAGAAAUAUGAGUAACUCAUUGGUUAAAUUUCAAUUCUUCACCUUUCCCCCCCUCCUUCCUGAGUGAGCUCAUUCCCCCCUCCUUCUUUUUUUUUUUUUUUUUUUUUUUUUAAAUCCAGUGAUUUAAAAUGCUGGAAGGAAAAGCAACUGAGGUCUUAACUUUCAGACGCUGAAUUCUCAUCUAAUUGAAAUUACUGGGCAUAAUGCUAUAUAUAGCCAAUGAAGAGAUUUUGAGCUCUCACUCAGUGCCUUCAAGACAUGUCGUUUUGUAGUCAGAGAAAACAGAGAUCAAUGCAUUUUCAAACUGACAGAGGGAACGGAUGCUCUUUAGUAGCACAUGCCCAGGAUCGUGUGUGUGGGGCUUGCGCUGUGCUGAGAAGCUGAAUACCGGUCCAUAUGCUCCUUAUUUACUGCAAUGUUCUUUGCAUGUUACUGUGCACUCCGGACUAACGUGAAGAAGUAUCGAUAUCAAGAUGAGGACGCUCCACAUGAUCAUUCCUUACCUCGACUAACCCAUGAAGUAAGAGGCCCAGAACUCGUGCAUGUAUCAGAAAAGAACCUCUCUCAAAUAGAAAAUGUCCAUGGAUACGUCUUGCAGUCUCAUAUUUCUCCUCUGAAGGCCAGUCCUGCUCCUAUAAUUGUCAACACAGAUACUUUGGACACAAUUCCUUAUGUCAAUGGAACAGAAAUUGAAUAUGAAUUUGAAGAAAUUACACUGGAGAGGGGGAAUUCUGGCCUGGGAUUCAGUAUUGCUGGGGGGACAGAUAAUCCCCACAUUGGAGAUGACCCUGGCAUAUUUAUUACGAAGAUUAUACCAGGAGGUGCUGCAGCAGAAGAUGGCAGACUCAGGGUCAAUGAUUGUAUCUUGCGGGUGAAUGAAGUUGAUGUGUCAGAGGUUUCCCACAGUAAAGCGGUGGAAGCCCUCAAGGAAGCGGGGUCUAUCGUUCGGCUGUAUGUGCGUAGAAGACGACCUAUUUUGGAGACCGUUGUGGAAAUCAAACUGUUUAAAGGCCCUAAAGGUUUAGGCUUCAGUAUUGCAGGAGGUGUGGGGAACCAACACAUUCCUGGAGACAACAGCAUUUAUGUAACUAAAAUCAUAGAUGGAGGAGCUGCACAAAAAGAUGGAAGGUUGCAAGUAGGAGAUAGACUACUAAUGGUAAACAACUACAGUUUAGAAGAAGUAACACAUGAAGAGGCAGUAGCAAUAUUGAAGAACACAUCAGAGGUAGUUUAUUUAAAAGUUGGCAAACCCACUACCAUUUAUAUGACUGAUCCUUAUGGUCCACCUGAUAUUACUCACUCUUAUUCUCCACCAAUGGAAAACCAUCUACUCUCUGGCAACAAUGGCACUUUAGAAUAUAAAACCUCCCUGCCACCCAUCUCUCCGGGAAGGUACUCACCAAUUCCAAAGCACAUGCUUGUUGACGACGACUACACCAGGCCUCCGGAACCUGUUUACAGCACUGUGAACAAACUAUGUGAUAAGCCUGCUUCUCCCAGGCACUAUUCCCCUGUUGAGUGUGACAAAAGCUUCCUUCUCUCAGCUCCCUAUUCCCACUACCACCUAGGCCUGCUCCCUGACUCUGAGAUGACCAGUCAUUCCCAACAUAGCACCACAACUCGUCAGCCUUCAGUGACUCUCCAACGGGCCAUCUCCCUGGAAGGAGAGCCGCGCAAGGUGGUCCUGCACAAAGGCUCCACUGGCCUGGGCUUCAACAUUGUCGGUGGGGAAGAUGGAGAAGGUAUUUUUGUAUCCUUCAUUCUGGCUGGUGGACCAGCAGACCUAAGUGGGGAGCUCCAGAGAGGAGACCAGAUCCUAUCGGUGAAUGGCAUUGACCUCCGUGGUGCAUCCCACGAACAGGCAGCUGCUGCACUAAAGGGGGCUGGACAGACAGUGACGAUUAUAGCACAAUAUCAACCUGAAGAUUACGCUCGAUUUGAGGCCAAAAUCCAUGACCUACGAGAGCAGAUGAUGAACCACAGCAUGAGCUCCGGGUCCGGGUCCCUGCGAACCAAUCAGAAACGCUCCCUCUACGUCAGAGCCAUGUUUGACUACGACAAGAGCAAGGACAGUGGGCUUCCAAGUCAAGGACUUAGUUUUAAAUAUGGAGAUAUUCUCCACGUUAUCAAUGCCUCUGAUGAUGAGUGGUGGCAAGCCAGGAGAGUCAUGCUGGAGGGAGACAGUGAGGAGAUGGGGGUCAUCCCCAGCAAACGGAGGGUGGAAAGAAAGGAACGUGCCCGAUUGAAGACAGUGAAGUUUAAUGCCAAACCUGGAGUGAUUGAUUCGAAAGGGUCAUUCAAUGACAAGCGUAAAAAGAGCUUCAUCUUUUCACGAAAAUUCCCAUUCUACAAGAACAAGGAGCAGAGUGAGCAGGAAACCAGUGAUCCUGAACAACAUGUUUCUUCUAAUGCCAGCGAUAGCGAAAGUAGCUACCGAGGACAAGAAGACCUCAUUCUUUCCUAUGAGCCUGUUACAAGGCAGGAAAUAAACUAUACCCGGCCAGUGAUUAUCCUGGGGCCCAUGAAGGAUCGGAUCAAUGACGACUUGAUAUCUGAAUUCCCUGAUAAAUUUGGCUCCUGUGUGCCUCAUACUACGAGGCCAAAGCGAGACUACGAGGUGGAUGGCAGAGACUAUCACUUUGUCAUUUCCAGAGAACAAAUGGAGAAAGAUAUCCAAGAGCACAAGUUUAUAGAAGCCGGCCAGUACAAUGACAAUUUAUAUGGAACCAGUGUGCAGUCUGUGAGAUUUGUAGCAGAAAGAGGCAAACACUGUAUACUUGAUGUAUCAGGAAAUGCUAUCAAGCGGUUACAAGUUGCCCAGCUCUAUCCCAUUGCCAUCUUCAUAAAACCCAGGUCUCUGGAACCUCUUAUGGAGAUGAAUAAGCGUCUAACAGAGGAACAAGCCAAGAAAACCUAUGAUCGAGCAAUUAAGCUAGAACAAGAAUUUGGAGAAUAUUUUACAGCUAUUGUCCAAGGAGAUACUUUAGAAGAUAUAUAUAACCAAUGCAAGCUUGUUAUUGAAGAGCAAUCUGGGCCUUUCAUCUGGAUUCCCUCAAAGGAAAAGUUAUAAAUUAGCUACUGCGCCUCUGACAACGACAGAAGAGCAUUUAGAAGAACAAAAUAUAUAUAACAUACUACUUGGAGGCUUUUAUGUUUUUGUUGCAUUUAUGUUUUUGCAGUCAAUGUGAAUUCUUAUGAAUGUACAACACAAACUGUAUGAAGCCAUGAAGGAAACAGAGGGGCCAAAGGGUGGGACAGAAAAGACAUUGCAGUAUGAAGGAAGGCUUUGGUUUGCUCAAAGUUCCAGGUGUAGGGAUGAACCUCUGACGGGCUUUCUGCCCAAGAGAUGAGAGCCUCCUCACCCCAGUUGAUGUCCAGAGCUGAUUUAGCUGCAGAGCUCUCUGUGUCUUUUGCUUUAAAGAAAAAUUGCCAGCACUCGAACCUCACCAACCUUCCCAUUACCCACAUCUGUAAUUGGUACACUUCGAAUUUUAUAACUAUGCACAUCUUUUGAUUUCUUAACAAGCAAAUGAAAGAAAGAAGGAAAAAAGAAAGGAGUCCCUUUGGAGACGACAUACUAUCAGGGAAGGAUAAGUGUGUAGUUUUUUGACUGGCAUCUGCAAAGACAAGCAUUUCAUAAAAUUUGCAAGUGUAUGGAGGACUAACCUCACUGACAGGAGGGGAUUCCACCUGGAAUUAGCUUUAUGAUUGUUGAUUGCCUAUUUUGCCAUUUAUAAACUGAAAGAAGGCACUAAAGAUGAGAAUAAUUUAUACAAUAAAAAUAUAUUAAAUGUAUAGAAACAAAUUUCUAUAGGUUAAAAAAGUUUUGUGAAAUAUUUUGUAAAGACUAAUAUUGAAAGACUAAAUGUAUGCAACAUCAGCAGAUGAUCAAAUUCAAGAACUGAAAGUUGCACUCUCCCUUUUGUUGCCAAUGAUCCAUUAAGAGCAUCUGAGUUCCUUUCAAGUCUGACAAAGACUUCUUCCUCACUCACCUCCCUUCCACAUUAGUGAUACACUCUCAUGGAGCACAUCCCUUAAUGAGUUGCCCUCAUGGAUAUUUUUGGAAAACAUUUGGUUAAUGCAUUUUUUUAUGCUGAUGGCUUUUCAGAGACAAACUUAUGCAAAUGAUCUAAAGGGAAGAGUUUGCUUUUCUCUAGUUAAAUAACCUGAGCCUGCCAUGCAAAUAGUUGAAUAACUUUGUUCCUAGUUACUGACAUACAAUUCUUAAAGGACCAUUUAGCAUUUUGUCCAACAAUGAGUAAUUAGGAUUAGUACUUUUUUGUUUUACAGAGUAACUGAGAGUUUUGUAACAUCCAGAGAUGGUAUUAGAGCCAACGGGAGAUCUGUUCCUAGAUGCACUAUUUCUUUGAGGAAGAGAGAGAAGAGAAGUGUCUGGUUGGGGGUGAGGGGUGCAGACUUUUUUGUUUCUAUGUACAGGGCAAAGAGAUAGAGUCACAAGGAAAGACAAUUAAUGACUUUGAGCUCAACCAAUUGAACUGCCUUUCUUGGAGCUGCACCUGGACCAAGUUUAUUUUUUAACAAUUAUAAUAAUGAUGAUUUAAAAAAAGAAACCUCCCAAAGCCUAUAAACUGAACUAGAAGAGUUAGUUUCCCACUUUAGAGUGGAUGGCGACAUCAGCAUUGCUUUUGCCCAUGAUGUUUAGAGAGAGACUUUUCAGUGAUAAUAACCACUCUACUCUGGGUUCUGUGCAUGCCCAGACUAAGCCCCAUCGCCUUAUUUCUGGGGUACAUCCAGACCUGGCAGGGAUUCUGCCACACUGUGCAGCAAACCAGCAUGUAGGCUGGGUAGGAGAGCAAGAGAUAGAGCCAUCAGUGUGAUGGGGCUUCUUCACAGUAAGAACAUCAGAGCUAGAAUGAGAGUCUCUUUCCAAAAACAGGCAUUGUUCAUCUUACACUAAACAUCAUUGUCUGCCUGGCUGCAGUCAGCAAAACAAACACAGAAAUGCAAAAUUAUGCAUCUUCCCAUAGUCUUGAGGCUUCCUUUGCCAAUGGAAGGGCUAGCAAUGCAUUUACCCUCUCAUGAAAGUUAAAUUUCCAGAGACUUCCUUAGAUUGCUCAAAAUGUUAAAGAUAUGUCCAUGUCUGCAAUUCGCCAGUUUCAGGUCAAGGCCUACUUUCAUCAAUAUUGCUCCCAGAAGUUUUCUGCCACCAGAAUGCCAUUCCUGAUCCCAGCUCUAUUUUUAGGCCACCAUGAUAACUUCUUUGGUUUCUCAACUGAGCAUGCAACCAUUUAUUUAAAAGACUGUCAUUAAUGAGUAGAUGUUUUUGCGGGUCAUGUGAUGUGCUUUCCAUUUACUAGUAUUGCUGUGGCUGAGUACAAUCAAAUUGAACCACCAACCCUUGGUUUUGUAGUAAUAUAACUAUUUAUUUUCCUAGUGUAGAUGCUUUCAGAUUAGAAUUGGCAUUUGCACUGAUUUUUUAUGUAGAUUUAUAUAAUUAUAUAGAUACAUAUAUAUUUGCUUGAAGAAUCACCAAGCAAAUUGGUGAGAGGGUCUUUUCCUAUAGAAUUUACACCUCCAUUUGUUGUGUUGUCUUGCACUUCCCAAUGUUGAUGUCUCUAUGGCUCCAAUGAACUGGUGUAUUUUGCAGCAAAUCUGAUGACUUGUAUGGAAAUGGCAUGAAAGUUACCCAGAUUACAUCUGGUGCAAAUGCACUCGGAGCCUGGGGCCAGACUGGUGCUAACACUGCAAACUUUGUCCAGAGCUCUCUCCAACCUGAAGGCUUGCUGGGGGUGCAAUGUCACCUUCACACAUGCUGGGCCCUUUCAGAAAAGUGCCAGAUCGUGUAACUGGUGCUAUUUUUCAUGCUCUGGUACAAUGUGUAGCACCACGGGGCUCUCAGCUUUACCAAAAUCAAAAUUCCAUUUGUCAGCUAAGUGCAGAGGCAUUCGUUUUUUGCUCUCCUCCCACAGAAUUGUUGGCCAUUUAUUUGCAGGCCUUUUGCGGGAUUUCUUGGCCGUUUAUUUGCAGGCCUUUUCUCCCAGCCCCAAAUUCUUGGGUUGGCUCUGUCUGCUUAAAGAGCCUGUCUUUACAAAGCCGCACUCGGGUGCCUCUGUGCGCUGUCUUAGAUCCUACUGCCAGCCCUUCAGGACUCCGAGCCAGGAAAGAACUCUCCAACCUCUGGCUCGAGACUCUGUUUUUUUUCUCAUUCUUUUCCUUGCUCUCCUCCUUCUUCUAUUUCUGACUAAUUCCAUCUCUCUCUCUUUUGUUUUUUUUGUUCCUCUCCUUUUCCUAUUCUUCCUUCCCACCAUCUCUGAGUUGUUGACUUUCUCCUAUAAUCCUUCUCUAUUCCUUUUCUCUUUUUGUCCACCUCUCCUUCAGUCUCUGUUUCUUUGCCCUUCUUAUUCCUCUUCUGUCCUUUCUCCUCUCCUCGCAUCUCUGAUCAUCUUCUCCUGCACAUCCCUGUAUUGAUUUUUCUGUCCUCUAAAGGGCUCAUGGCUGAUUCAGACAGCAAGUCCGUGCACUGGACUAAUGACACAAAUACUUUAGGUCGCCGUUUCACCUACUCAGCCCAGAAAGCAAAGCUGAGCCUGAGGCCCUGACCUGGAGCCUGCUCCAGCCCGCCUCCCGGAUCCAGCCUGCACCGUUGCCCUGGCAGCGAUGAUGCAUGUGCUGUGGGCCCUGCCGGCGCCUGAGUGCCUCUGCCUGAACGCUGCUCCUAAGCGAGCCCACUCCCAGCACUACCGCAUGGCUCUGAGGACACUUCCUUUCAAUAAAGGCAGACUCUGGCCCCAAUUAUUCUGACAGCAAACCUCUUCCUCCUCAUUGAAGCCAUGCCAUCACCUUGGUUUGGAGAGAGACAUUUUUUUCCCAUUCAUAAGCUUUCUUUUUCCCAUUUUCAUGUGAAGCCCCUUCGGCUUUUCAGCUGGUGAUUGCUCUGGUGAGACUGAAUGGACUUGCUGGUGAAAUGAAAUCUCUUCUUUCCUGUCUUGGUCCUGCCUAAAUUCCUACAAAUAUAUUUAAGUCAAGGACUCAGGCUAAUUCCUAAGUUGAUCACAUUAAUUUGUCACUCCUAGGGGGAAAAAGAUCAAUUCCCUUGAAGCAUAUGGAGUACCUCCUGUGACAGCUGACUUGCCAGGGGACUCCCUACAGAAUUCUGUGAUACACAUUUUACUUCUGUGUAUGUAUGGUAUAUAUGGUAUGUAUACCAUGUACACACAUGUUACAUUGAGUAUGAAUGACUGUGGUUGGAAACCCACACACACACUCAAGUCUGUAAAUAUCCUUCCUCACUGAAACCUGUGCUUUGGAAAUCAUUUCUUGUACAGCUGUGCAGUUUCUUGUAACAGCUGAGGACAAAGCUAAGGCAGGCGGACAAUUUAGACAAAGAUCAUCUAAAGAGUACAGUAUCUCCCUAGCAACUCAUGAGGACAGACAACCGAGUGGCAAGGUUGACUCCCAAUGGGAUGGCAGACUUUUCUUCUCUCCUUUUUGAGUUUGUGUUUCCUAAGUGUUUCUUAACUUCUGAGUGCACCAGGCUGUACCCGUUAGAUCCUUUCAAUAUGACAGUUUUGUGCUUCUCUCUGACAGGAUGUUUCUCCAUCGAGCUGUAGUGCAGGAUGGGAGGGAGGUGGGAAUACUCCUUGCCUGGGCUGGAGUUUACAGAGACACUGCACAGCUUACACUCCUGUUAAGUGUAAAUAUUCAACACUUCCAUUCCAUUUGUGUAAAAAAUAAAGCACACACGAUUAUAAAAUCAAGAUGUAUAUUUCAUACUCAGUGUGUCUGUGCAUAUUUAUUGCGUUUCUGGUUGUCAGUGGUGGGUGGUCCCAUUGUAAAAAUGCCUGAUAGAGUGUUUAUAAACAUGUCAUGGUUUUAUUAUAAGAUAUAAACAUUAAAACAUUUUAUACUUUAUAGCAA